AUGAAAAAAAGUAUGGAUCAAUAAAGUCCAAAAUUUAUCAGAUAUCUAAUUUUAUUACUUGCAUGUAUAGCAUUAGUAAACAUAAUGAAAAUAAAAUAGUAUGGGAAUAUGUUUAUAUUCGAUCAACCAGCAUUAUUAAAGGAAUAAAUAAUGUAAACUUAUAGUCCAAAAUAUGGAGAAAGUUUAACAAGUUUCUAUUUCAGUUUUAUGUAUUCAUUUUAUUCGAUUCCAAAUAUAAUAUUACCAUUAGUUGGUGGUUUUAUGAGUGAUGUAUUUGGUAUAAUAGAAAUAUAAUAAUAAAGGUUAUAGAAAGAUGUCAUUGAUAUUUAUGUUUUUUGUGAUAGCAGGUUAAGGAUUCAUAUAUUUUGGAAGUUCAGUUGAAAAUCUUAAAUAUAUGAUUUUAGGGAGAUUUAUGUUUGGAUUGGGUGGUGAAUCUCUAUUUGUAGCAAGUUCAAUAAUAAUAAAUAAAUGGUUUGUUGGAAAAGAAUUAUCCUUUGCUAAUGUAAUAUAUGUUAGUAUAUAAAAUAAGUCAUUAAAUUUGAGUUUAAUAAGAAGUGCAACAGUUUUAGGAACAUAUAUAUCUCCAAGAAUUGCUGAGAAAUCAGGAAUGACAACAGCUUUUGGAGUAGGAUUUGGUAUUACUUUAUUAUCUGGAUUGGCUCUAGUGAUAAUGAAUUUUAUUGAUUCAUAUACAGAGAGAAUACAAAAAAGAAAUUUAUAAAAAACAGAAGGAUUAUUGGAUAAUAGUAUUUAAGUAAUGGAUUUUGGAGAACUUAUAAAAUAGAUUUUAGAUGAUAUUGCAACAUUUCCUAAAGUAAAAUACACAAAUGAAUCAAUUUUUAGAUUUUCUGGAUAUUGACUUUAAUAAUGACUACUUUUUAUACAUCAGUCCUAAUUUUUAUAUCUUUUUCAAGUGGCAUAAUAAUUGAUUUAUGGUUACCUGUAGAUGCAUCUGUAGAAUAAAACUAAGAAGUAGCUGGUGAAUUAAUGGGAAUCCCAUAUUUAUGUUGUACAUUUCUAAGUCCAUUUAUUGGAUUUAUGGUUGAUAAAGUUGGAUAAAGAAUUAAAUUUCUAGCUAUAGGAUGUGCUUUAGUAUUUUUAGGUCUUUUAUUGAUGCUAUUAUUUUAUCCAAUCUAUUGCAUGAUAGUUUUAGGAUUAUCAUAUGCUCUAUUUGCUAGUACAAUAUGGACAAGCAUUGCAUUUGUAGUUAAAUAAAAACAAUUAGUAAUAUUAUAUUAUAUAAAGGGGCACAGCAUAUGGUGUUAUGAAUUCUGUUUAAAAUUUUGCUUUCUUUGUAAUGCCAUUAUUUAUAGCAUUUAUUUCAGCAGAAGCAUCAUCUUAAAUUUCAGUUGUUCUAUUCUUUUUAAUACUUGCUUGUUUGUCUUUAAUUAUUGCUAUCUAUUUAUAUAUUGA